AGAAUCCAUAAUUGCAUUAUUCAGCUUUUCCCCCCUUCUUUCCCCCUCUCCCUUGCUUCGCAGAAACCCAACCUCCUGCAUCACUCACAUCUCUACCUUGUUACCUCGCCUUACAUUAUUUACCAAAGCGUUUGCCUUGAGGACCAGCAUUUGCAAAGUUGCCUUAAAAAAGUUAUUUUGUUUGAUAAUUAAGUCCUGGAGCCCACCGCGUGAUGAUUAUUCUGGACCCAUAAGGCAGAGAACCUGCGUGACGUUUUUCUCGAAGUUUAAUUACCGUAUGCUAAUUUCCUUGCCUACUACGUGAUUAAUUAAAAUCAUAUUUUCAUAAUCAUUUGGCACUAGUAUUGUUUUAGAAUUAUCAUGAUCUCCUAAAUAGUGUCUGUAAAUAAAGUCGCCUCUAAUGGCAGGCGCGGGAGGCGAGGCUGAGGACCUCUUCGUGUUUGUAUCGCGGCGAUUGGCAACAUAACUGCCUUAUUUACAUUAAAUACGCCACAAGGUUACAGCGCGGAUCAACGUCAUUUGAUCGCUGAUGACUCCCUUAAACGCCCGGGCUGUGACUGAUUCUCCGCGUCCCGCUGUCCACCGAGAUUCACCCGGGAGUUUUUUUUUUUUUUUUUUUUUUUUUCCCCCAGAAAAGAAACAGACUUUAAAUAGUUUCAGGAGCAGGUAAGAAUUAAGCUUUUUCCUCUCCCCCUCUCCGUCUCUCUCUCCUCUCCCUCUGUGGCAAUCUCUCUCUCCCUCUCGGCUGGAUAAAAAAUUCUUUAGUCAAAGGCAGGAAUGCAAAGUAGUGACAAGCGAAGGGGCUGAUAUAUGUCUCAGUAACGAGUCUGACAAUCAGAAUGUAGCUCUUGGAGAAUAGAUAGAUUUUAAUAAGUGUGUUUACAUGAGCUCAAGGUCAGAAGCAAGCUGCGCUGUGUUAAAUGGUUUCUUAGUUGCUAGACAGAGAGAAAAAAUGGACGAUCACACACCAUUCUUUGUAGAUUAUUAUAUCAAGGGUUCAGUCUCUGGCUCAUCAAAGCUAAAUGCCGCAAGACCUAUCUAGUUGCUGUGAAUUAUGCCAGGGCGACAAUGGAGAGCGUUUUUAAUGGUACAAUGCAUUUCACCUACCAGAUAGGGGGAGGCCAAGCCGGGGAUGGGGAUGUCUGCUGGGGCUGGGUGAUGAGUAUCAAUGAACGGGGCGAUGCUGAAAAGAGGCAGAUGAAAAUCGAGCCCGCCCUGCCCCGGCUGGGCUGGGAACAGUUCACAGGGCUCUGCCGAGUGGGCGAGCGAGGCGCGCGAGCAGGGCGCCCGUCCCCCCUCAGCCCCGGAAAAUGAUCAAGUCAAUCAUGUGGACAUGUUUCAUUAUUCAUUGAACACAAUCUUUUACAACGCUCCGUUUACGUGCCCGAGUUUGCUCCCGACGCCCGCGUUUCAAUGUUUAAGGAGAGAGGACCCUGAGGCCACACGACACCCCAGAGCCUGGGCCGGCUGCAGAUUCCUGGUUUGGAUGCACUGAAUGCGGCCCUGGCCACUGAACAGUUCCUGCCCACCACGGCUUUAAGAAUACCCUUCAGCCAGGAGGGAGCUCCGUUGCUUUAAGACUUGCCUGGGAACUGGGACGCCCCUCUGGCGAUCUGUCAGUGCCUGGAUCAGCCACAUCCUUUCUGGGGUGUUUUCUCACGAGACUGACAGUCCUUAAGACAAGUAUGCCGUUAAGCUGCUAAGGGAUGGAAGAAGCCAGUCUGUGCCUUGGAGUGUCCUCGGCGGCACCGGAAGCUGAGCCCCACCUGAGCGGCCCUGUCCUCAACGGCCAGUAUGCCAUGAGUCAGAAGUUGCACCAGAUCACCUCCCAGCUCAGCCAUGCCUUCCCCGAGCUGCAUCCGCGGCCCAACCCGGAGGAGAAGGCCCCCGCGCCCCUCGACGAGAAGGCCCACGUGCCCAUGACCGGCCAGCCCAUGGGCAGCCAGAUGGCGCUCCUGGCCAGCCAGCUGGGCCGGGACGUCGACACCAGCCUCAACGGGCGGGUGGACCUGCAGCAGUUCCUCAACGGGCAGAACCUGGGCAUCAUGUCCCAGAUGAGCGACAUCGAGGACGACGCCCGCAAAAACCGCAAGUACCCGUGCCCCCUGUGCGGCAAGCGUUUCCGCUUCAACAGCAUCCUCUCCCUGCACAUGCGCACUCACACCGGCGAGAAGCCCUUCAAGUGCCCCUACUGCGACCACCGGGCGGCGCAGAAGGGCAACCUCAAGAUUCACCUGCGGACCCACAAGCUGGGCAACCUGGGUAAGGGGCGCGGGCGGGUGCGCGAGGAGAACCGCCUGCUGCACGAGCUGGAGGAGAGGGCCAUCCUGCGGGACAAGCAGAUGAAGAGCAGCCUGCUGCAGCCGCGGCCCGACCUGAAGCCCCUGCCGCACGCCCAGCAGGCCCCGCCGGCCCCCUGCAACCUGGCCCUGCCCGCCAACCACAGCGUGCCCGACGUGGCCCACCCGGUGCCCUCGCCCAAGCCCGCCAGCGUGCAGGAGGACGCGGUGGUCCCGGCCGCCGGCUUCCGCUGCACCUUCUGCAAGGGCAAGUUCAAGAAGCGCGAGGAGCUGGACCGCCACAUCCGCAUCCUGCACAAGCCCUACAAGUGCACGCUGUGCGACUUCGCGGCCUCGCAGGAGGAGGAGCUCAUCAGCCACGUGGAGAAGGCCCACAUCACCGCCGAGUCGGCCCAGGGCCAGGGCCCCAACGGCGGCGGCGAGCAGUCGGCCAACGAGUUCCGCUGCGAGGUGUGCGGGCAGGUGUUCAGCCAGGCGUGGUUCCUGAAGGGCCACAUGCGGAAACACAAGGACUCCUUCGAGCACUGCUGCCAGAUCUGCGGCCGGCGCUUCAAGGAGCCCUGGUUCCUUAAGAACCACAUGAAGGUCCACCUCAACAAGCUGUCGGUGAAGAACAAGUCCCCCAGUGACCCCGAGGUGCCCGUGCCCAUGGGCGGCAUGUCCCAGGAGGCCCACGCCAACCUGUAUUCCCGGUACCUCUCCUGUCUGCAGGGGGGCUUCGUGGCCCCGGACAAAGCCAGCCUGAGCGAGCCCAGCCAGCUCUACGGCAAAGGGGAGCUGCCCGUGAAGGAGAGGGAGGUCCUGGGGAAGCUGCUGUCCCCCAUCUCCAGCGUGGCCCACGGGGUCCCCGAGGGCGACAAGCACUCCCUCCUGGGGUGCCUCAACCUCGUGCCGCCGCUGAAAUCCAGCUGCAUUGAGCGGCUGCAGGCGGCUGCCAAGGCUGCCGAGAUGGACCCCGUGAACAGCUACCAGGCUUGGCAGCUCAUGGCCAGGGGCAUGGCCAUGGAACACGGCUUCUUGUCUAAAGAGCAUCAGCUACAGCGCAACCACGAAGACACUUUGGCAAGCGCCGGAGUUAUGUUUGAUAAGGAGAAGCGGGAGUACGUGUUAGUGGGAGCAGAUGGCUCCAAGCAGAAAAUGCCUGCUGAUUUGGUUCACAGCACUAAAGUGGGCAAUCAGAGGGACCUGCCAAAUAAGCUCGACCCUUUAGAAGGCAGUCGGGAUUUUUUGUCACACGGGCUGAACCCGGCGCUCGACUAUAACCUGCAGGGUCCCGGGAGCAUGAAGGAGAAGCCCACCGAGUGCCCCGACUGCGGCCGGGUGUUCCGCACCUACCACCAGGUGGUCGUGCACUCCCGCGUCCACAAGCGGGACCGCAAGGGCGACGAGGACGGGCUGCACGUGGGCCUGGACGAGCGGCGCGGCUCGGGCAGUGACCAGGAGUCCCAGUCGGUGAGCCGCUCUACCACGCCGGGCUCCUCCAACGUCACCGAGGAGAGUGGGGCCGGCGGGGGGCUCUCCCAGACCGGGAGUGCCCAGGAGGACAGCCCGCACCCCUCCUCGCCGUCCUCCUCAGACCUCGGCGAGGAGGCUGGGAGGGCCGCCGGCGUCCAGCAGCCCGCACUGCUUCGCGACAGGAGCCUGGGCUCGGCCAUGAAGGACUGCCCGUACUGUGGGAAAACCUUCCGGACAUCCCAUCACCUAAAGGUCCACCUGCGGAUACACACAGUGUGUGUCCACACCAUAACCAGCGGGAGGAAAGGAAGUGACUUGUACCCACAAGGUGAGAAGCCCUACAAAUGCCCCCACUGUGAUUAUGCCGGCACCCAGUCAGCAUCCUUAAAAUACCACUUAGAACGACACCACCGGGAGCGGCAGAACGGAGCCGGGCCACUGUCUGGACAGCCCCCAAACCAAGACCACAGGGACGAGCUGCCCAACAAAGCUGCUUUGUUUAUCAGGCCAGACAUCCUGAGGGGGGCCUUUAAGGGUCUCCCCGGAAUCGACUUCAGAGGUGGCCCGGCCUCUCAGCAGUGGACAGCGGGAGUGCUCUCGUCCGCAGAUCACUCGGGGCAGGCCACCGGCAUGACUUCCGAGGCUCCUUCGGACACCCUGAAAGGUGCCGACCUUCCUUCCAAAAGCACCCACUUCUCCGAAAUCGGAAGAGCUUAUCAAAGUAUCGUGAACAACGGCGUGAAUUUCCACGGGUCCUUGCAAGCUUUCAUGGACAGCUUUGUCCUGAGCUCCUUGAAGAAGGAGAAGGACACGAAGGACAAAGCCCUGUCUGACCCCCCGUCCAUGAAAGUGCACGGGCCGGACGGUGGUGAGGACAAGGCGGGCGGUAAGGCGGUCGCGAGGAAGUCGGAGAAAUCUCAGUACGAGCCCCUAGACUUGUCGGUGCGGCCGGACGCCGCCUCGCUCCCAGGCUCGUCGGUGACCGUGCAAGACAGCAUCGCGUGGCACGGCUGCUUGUUUUGUGCUUUCACGACAUCGUCUAUGGAGCUGAUGGCUCUUCACCUGCAGGCCAACCACCUGGGCAAAGCGAAACGCAAAGAUAACGCCGUCGGGGUGACCCUCAAUUGCAAAGACCAAGCCCGGGAGGCCGGUAAGGUGGCCCUGCUGCCCUCGGUACAAUCAAACAAAGAGCUGGCGCUUUCCAGUGUGAUUGGGCCUCUAGAGUCUGCGUCCGAGAAGACGGCCCAAGGGCCGGUCAAGGAGACUCUGGGGGAGCAGAAGAGCGGCACGUGGCCCGGCCUGGUGGACCCCGCGUUUUGUAACUUCCCAUCAGACUUCUACAAGCAGUUUGGCGUGUACCCGGGCAUGGUCGGCUCGGGGGCCUCCAGUUCCUGCCCCAGCAAGGAGCCCGAUGGGAAGGCCCACUCGGAAGAUGACGCCCCAAUCCUGAUCCCCGAAACCGCAAACAAGAAUACUACCGAUGACCUCUCCGACAUUGCCUCCUCGGAGGACAUGGACUCCUCCAAGGGAGAGAACAACGACGAGGAGGAUAUCGAGACGGAGCCGGAGAUGAUGAGCAAGCCACAGUCCGCCCUCGGCAAGGACAGCGCCGGCGACGGUGGGGAUGGCCUGCCGCCCACAGGCGCCCCUCAGCCCGUCCAGGGACUCGUGUCACCGUUGCCCCAGGCGCCCGAGAAGCAGUGGCACGGCCCGGGCCUUCUUCCAGCCCAGGACCCCUCGGCGGGCCUGCCCAAGCCGGAGCGGGGGCCCCCGGGCCUGGAGAAGCCGAUGAACAUGCUGUCGGUCCUCAGGGCCUACAGUUCUGAUGGCUUAGCAGCCUUUAACGGCCUGGCAAGUAGCACAGCAAAUUCUGGAUGUAUCAAGAGGCCAGACUUGUGUGGUCACAGGCCUUUCCAGUGCCGAUACUGUCCCUACAGUGCCUCUCAGAAGGGAAACCUGAAGACCCACGUCCUCUGCGUCCAUCGUAUGCCUUUUGACAACAGUCAGUACCCCGACCGCAGGUUCAAGCGCUCCAGAGUCGACUCGGAGGCUUCUGGGAAUUUCGAAGACCCCACAGCUGUCAAGGCGGGGAGCUCAGCAGAGCUAACAGAGGAAGGCUGCAAAGCCCAGGAGCAGCGUAACUGAGCAAACUGACCUGUAUAUUGCAAUAUUAUUUUACACAGUUUUAAGAUUAUGCAUCUGGUAAAAGAGUUUGCUAACUGCAUUCCAAGGGGAAAAAAUCAUGUACAACUCCCCCACUAGUGUAUAGAACAUUUAAAAAAUUUAAAAAGAUAUCUAUAUAUAUAUAUAUUAAAGAAAAAAAAAAAAAAAAACCCCAGCCCUUGAAAAUGGCUGCUAAACUGUUACCCGGCAACAAGUCCUUCCAAACAAUGCAGGUGGAAGAGAAGUGAUUUCAGAAACGCUCGGUGUCCUCCAAGCUUGAGAAAGCUGGGGGCCCUUCCAACUCUUAAGUCGUCUUUGUCCCCAAAUCAUGCUCUUAACUGAAAAAUGAUACCAUCUAAAUGAUUUAGCGUUGCCUUGAAGACGGAGGGGCUGUGUUUUCAUUGUUGAAAACACCUCUAUAAUCUGACACCAGCUGCUGCCAGUUGCCGCCCACCCUAAUGAGAUGUGCCGAGAGGCAGCCGCGGUGCCAGUCAGACUGGAGCGGUCACUGCAGAGAAAAUCAAUUCACGUGGUGUCCCAACUGCUCGCGCGAAGAAACCCUAGACCGCCCGCAGCCAGCGCCAGGGCUGACCAGCACUGCAGAGAAUUGCCACCUUAAACGUGCAUUAAAAAAAAAAAAAACAAAAACAAACAAACAAACAAAAAAACACAGCCAAAUGAAUCAAUGGUCAGAAAUCAUCUGCAGACAAAUGCCCAUUGCAGGUUUGAGGAGUAAUUCCUUUUUUUAGAUCAAAUCGCAGUAUUGAGAGGGAAAUGCUUUUUCUUCUUGGUUGUCUGGCUUUUUUUUUUUUUUUUUUUGGAUGAAAAAGAAGUUGCUAAUAAAAAAAACAAUUAGGGGUACAUUAUGUAAAAUGCGGUUUAGGAAUACUAGCCAACCCUAUCCAGAGAAGGUGCUGGUGAGAAGUGGGAAUUUAUGUAAUAAUAGAAAGAUGGUUUUUUAUUAUGAUUUUAAACAUUUUACUUGAAUGAAGGCUGCUCCGGUCCUUACGAUCAGAUUUUUGUCAUGUGUUCGUUUUUGUAAGUAUCACAGACAUGAAAUGAAGCGAGAUUUUCUUCUCUGACAAGCUCUUAUGAAAUAGCUUGUAUUAAAAGACGAAUCUAAACAUCCUGCUCUCUAUCGCUAAUGAAGAAAACUGUUUGAGUUAAAAAUGUCUGUUUUUGUAAAACAAAUGUGUUCUAUAUUUUUGUAGAUUUUAGAUUUUUUACUGAUUGGAUACUCCAAAUUUAUCAAGUUCUGCACCACCCAGAGGGAGAUUUUGAGGGCCAAUAAUGAACCACUUAACUCAUUCAAAAAAAAAAAAAAAAAAAAGAUUUAAGAAGACUAGUUAAGGGUUUAUUCUUGAAUCUGCUAGAAUGGCGUACGAGUUCAGCCUCUUUAACAUACUUCCUUUGAGUGACACGAAAUUGGUGCUGUUGCUUGUGAUGAUAGAGAAGUAUUGAAGUAUUAACUUCUUCUAAAACGAAAUCAUUCAGACUUAAACAAAAAAAAAAGUCGAUAUUUCCUUGCAGGCUGGGAGCACAGAAUAAAACCCCAGGGCCUUAAAAACUUCAGCUCUGCCUACAGCAGUUUACAAAAUUUCUAAACUGCUCUCAAUGUAAAUAAAAUGCUUAGCGCUAUCCUGAGACCAGAAGGAAUCUCAGGCUAAUAAGGAAUCCGGUUUGCAUAUGCUGUAGAGAGGGUGUCAUCUACCCAAGGUUUCGGUGAAAAUGAGGUCGCUGUUCCACGUGGACCCAUCUGGCAUAGAGCAAGCUGCUUUCUUGUUUUUCUAGAAUAGUUCUCACUGCCUUACUUAAAUCGAGUUGAUAAACUUAAUGCAACUGUUUCUAUGAUCCUAGAGGAAGGACUGAAAUGUUAUUGAAAACUUUCUGACUGUAGUGAGCUUUAGGAUUUUAACUGCACUACUGUGUUUGGUGACUGUGCCAGUCGCUUGCUUUCUGUGUGUUUGCCCCGCCUUUGGUAUCUUAGCAAAGAAAAAUAUUAAAAAAAAGAAAAAAAAAAAGAAAAAAAAAAGAAGAAAAAAAAGGUAAAAAGAAAAAAAAAGAGGAAAAAAAAGUGAAAGAAACAUGAGAGCCACAUUCCAUUUCUAGCACUUUGGGCGCUCUUUUGGUAUUCUUUUGUGUCUUCUGAGCAUCGUCAGAUGCGACAGGCAAUAAUUCUGUUUGUGACACUGGGAACACCCCUCCUCUUUGUGGCGUGUGUGUUGAUUCCAUUUUGUCCAGUGCUACCGUGUCCUUAUUUCCCCCUCUGACACAGGCCUUCUUUCCAGAACAUUUGUAACUUGUAAUACAAACAAGUGACAGCCACAGUGAUGCAGUGUCAGUUUCUGAAUGUCACCAGGUCCUCCUAUCUAAACAUGUCAAGUUUCUUCCCUGUAACUUCUGUAGUCUGUGAUGCUGGUCAUAAUACUGUCUACAUUCCUACACAAAGAAAAAAAAAAUCUAUCUUGGAGGAAAUCUGAGAUCAAUAGCGUAGAGGAUUUUGUUGCUAUGCUUGUAACAAGUAGAAAACUUUGUAUUUAAAGUUUAUUCUUGGUCAUUAUUUAUUAUUAUAAUACAUCAGUUGACAGAACUUUAUUCUGGUAUAGAAAGUAUUAAAAGUUGUUUUUUCAGCAAUGACUGUUUUCUUUCCGCUGUUAGAAUAAAAUGUCUUUGAAGCA